UUGUUAAGGUUUGUGUUGGGUAAAGAAAGACUUCCUAACAAACCAGCAUUCUUUUCCACAUGAUCAGAGCUAAUUGGCCCCCCUGCAGACUAAGUGACCAAUCACAUCAGCUUCAGUUGAAACUAGCCCCCACGACAUUAUAAACAGAGGAAUGUGAACUGUAAACCCAGUCCAAGAAGAGAACUUACAAGCUAGACUUGUAGAUUAAAGUUACCUUAUCAAAAAGACAGACUCCGCAAGUUUCCUCAAGACCUACCUGUGCAAACACAAGCUGACCCAGCAAAAGAACUGAUAAUUACAGUCUGAAAUGGAUGGCAGUAACUGCAAAGUUAUUGCUCCUCUUCUAACUCAGAGCUACCGGAGGAUGGUCACCAAGGACGGCCAUAGCACACUUCAAAUGGAUGGUGCUCAAAGAGGUCUUGCAUAUCUGCGAGAUGCUUGGGGAAUCCUAAUGGACAUGCGCUGGCGCUGGAUGAUGUUGGUCUUUUCUGCUUCUUUUGUUGUUCAUUGGCUUGUCUUUGCAGUGCUCUGGUAUGUUCUAGCUGAGAUGAAUGGUGAUCUGGAACUAGAUCAUGAUGCCCCACCUGAAAACCACACUAUCUGUGUGAAGUACAUCACCAGUUUCACAGCUGCAUUCUCCUUCUCCCUGGAGACACAACUCACAAUUGGUUAUGGUACCAUGUUCCCCAGUGGUGACUGUCCAAGUGCAAUCGCCUUACUUGCCAUACAAAUGCUCCUAGGCCUCAUGCUAGAGGCUUUUAUUACAGGUGCCUUUGUGGCGAAGAUUGCCCGGCCAAAAAAUCGAGCUUUCUCAAUUCGCUUUACAGACUUAGCAGUAGUUGCUCACAUAGAUGGCAAACCUAAUCUAAUUUUCCAAGUGGCCAACACUCGACCUAGCCCUCUGACCAGUGUCCGGGUCUCAGCUGUACUCUAUCAGGAAAGAGAAAACGGUGAACUCAACCAGACCAGUGUGGACUUCCAUCUUGAUGGCAUCAGUUCUGAGGAAUGUCCAUUCUUUAUCUUUCCACUAACCUACUAUCACUCCAUUAUACCAUCAAGUCCUCUGGCUACUCUGCUCCAGCAUGAAAGUCCUCCCCACUUCGAAUUAGUUGUGUUCCUCUCAGCAAUGCAGGAAGGCACUGGAGAAAUAUGCCAAAGGAGGACAUCCUACCUACCCUCCGAGAUCAUGUUACAUCACUGUUUUGCCUCUCUGUUGACCCGGGGUUCCAAAGGUGAAUAUCAAAUCAAGAUGGAGAAUUUUGACAAGACUGUUCCUGAACUUCCAACUCCUCUAGUCUCCAAGAGCCCAAACAGGACUGACCUGGACAUCCGUAUCAACGGACAAAGCAUGGACAAUUUUCAGAUCUCGGAAACAGGACUGACAGAAUAAGAUGUCUUCAUUACACCCUAUUUUUUAAUGUAUUAAAUAUACGCAGCCAGUUAUGCAGCUACUUUUUCUUCAUAUCUCAUGUUUUCUCUUUUUUCAAUGCUGAUUACAUCUCUCCGAUUACAUCAUGGUAAUCAAGCCUGUGCCCAUAAAAAUGGCUGAGCUAACAAUACACAUUCUGGAAAUAUAACAUUCUACCUUACAAGUUUGUAUCUGUGGUUAUCUGCUGAAAUCAAUGCAUCUCAACAUGACAGAUAUUUAUACAGAAAUAUUGGUGGAUUUAUAAUAAAGUGGUAUGAUACCACUAAUGAAGGUAAAACAGGACAAUUAAGUUUAACACAGCCAAACUCUAAAAUCAACCACAAAUCUCUCAUUUUCAUCUGCAAGUUGAAGCAGCAGUCUAGUCUUAAACCUAGCUCCCUGGGUAGAAUGAUGAUUUCACAAUAUUUAAUGAACAUCCUUCUAAAACUGUUAUUUUUUCAAGACAACAAGAUCACUCCUCUGGUUCUUCAUACUACAAAACUGGAGUAAGUAUUACCCCCUUAAUUUUUUGACAUCUAAGAACAAAAAUUUACACACAAAAAACCCAGCAAAGUAUAGAUUUAUACAUAGCUCUAAAAGCAUUUCAGCAUGAUACUCAAACACAUGCACAUGUUCAUGUAUUUGUGGUGGAAACUGAUCAGAUCAAGUAACAGAUCCAGCCUGAAUGAAACCAAUAAGGUGGUAUUUUUGUAAGGAGAUGCAAAAUUCUAUCUACUGUAAAGCCACCUUGCAUAAAAAUCAAAUAGUGAUUUAAAAAUUAUAAUCAAUGAUUCAUUUGAAUGGCUUCUGACCUAAAUAAAAACAUUCCCUUCUUACCUAUGAUCUAUACAAUGGUAUAAAAAAAAUGACACCCUAAGUAACUCAUAAAUGCAAAUAUAUUUAAGUUUCUGUAAUUAUAAAGGUUUAGUUACAUAUCAAAUAGGAAAAACAUCUCCAAUAGAUAAAUCAAAAAAUUGGGCAACAAAGUAUUUUCAAACCCAAAUUCCUGUUUCCAACUUCAAAUAGUUUUUUCUACAAACACAAAAUGAGUGUUUAUUCACCAGUAGGAGGUUGGAAUAGAUAAACUCUAUUAUUUCUUACCAAGUCUAAUACUCCAUGAAAAUUAUGCUCUCUCUGUUUCAAUUUUUAUUUUACAUAUAGUUAGAUGAACUCUUCCCCUUACCUCCAGUUUAAUUUAUAACCAUUCUCUGCAUACUUUUAAUUUUGAUUAAAAAAAAAAAAAAAACUGUCCUUAAAGUAAACAAAAACCAAAAAAGCUUACCCUAUCAGAAUUCAAGUAGAUUCAUGGCUGCUCUUCUUUUCUGAAUUCCCCUUAUUCAGGUUUAGUAGGAAAAAUGAAAGACUUAACUCUCCCCAUUAAUAACGAUCCAGCCAGGAAUCAUCCCAUGAAAUAAACACGAGCCUAGUAAAGGCAAUCAGUUGUGAAGAGUAGGACGGAGCAGCAAGUCACAUUUUUCUACUCUUUGAUGAAAAGGAAAAGAAAAUAAAGUACUCUGGAGUGCUCUAAGAGCAAUAACAGCAAAAAAAAUAUCAAGGACACAGAAACUUAGUAAUUGUAAACUUUUGCUGUUUAAAAACUUUAGGCAUUCUUAAACACUAGUCAGACCAAUAGAACUUUUUUUCCAACCCAGAACUGUCGUUAACACAUACAGACAGCAGGAAUUCUUAUUUCUAUAAUAAAGGAACCAGAUUCAUCUAACCUGUAAAAAUAAAGUAGUAUCAAAGAUUUACAUGGUAUGUUUUUUCCUAAGAGCUGUACAUCACUUACGCAGAUCACAACUCCACUACUUAAGUGAAGCUGCUCAAAGUAACAGAAGGAAGUGAGCAGAUCCAGGAAAAGUCUCUCCACAGACCCAGCAUGUUCCCCAUCCAAGUCACAGAACUCCCAAAGUACACUAUGUAUAUAUAAGCUCUGAAUCUGAAAAUUAGAUGUGACUUCUCUACACACACCCAAAACAACUGUGUUGAUAUAAUAAUGCUACUUAAUAAAUGUUUUUCACAAGUAGACAACUAAGAAAUGCAAUCAAAAACUUCUGUCUAGGUAGCUGAAAGCUUCUGAAAGCACUGUUCAUGAUUCUUUCACUUACUUCAGAGAAUCGCAGUUUUUACAUUAAGGAUUAAGUUUUCUGCUAAGGUAUCAGUAUCCUUUCAGGAGAAGGGAGUGCAAACGCAAAGAGGGGUAAGUACUGGGAGGUGGGAACAGCAGCUCUAACUCCUGGUUCUCUGGCUCACUAACCUUGGAGCCCAGUGACGCUAUCUUGGACACAUGACUAGGAAGACCACGUUGGAAUUAACUUUACAAGUGCUUUAGGAGGGCGCCUGGGUGGCUCAGUGGGUUAAGCCUCUAACUUCAGCUCAGGUCAUGAUCUCAGGGUCCU